AAACCCCUAAUCCACCUUCUCCUCUUCCCUCGAAGCCUUCUUCCCUUUCUUCCCCUCAACUGUCUGCUCCCCCUACUUGCCAACCUACCUCCCCCCAAAAAAUUCCUUUACCCCUAAUCUCUCCCUUCCCUUCACCACCUAGCCUGUAUUUCAGUGCUCCAUACCACUUUCUCCCCACCUCUCUCUCUCUUUAGCCCCCUUACCCCCACCCCCUCCCAGGGUAGGAUGGAUGACCUCAGCACAAUCAGCCUUCUCUCCUUGGCCAUGCUGAUCGGUUGUUACGUGGCAGGCACCAUCCCCUUGGCAUUCAACUUCUCUGAGGAAAGGUUGAAGUUGGUAACGGUUCUUGGCGCUGGACUUCUGUGUGGCACUGCUCUAGCAGUCAUUGUUCCUGAAGGGGUUCAUGCACUAUAUGAGGAUGCUCUGCAUGAUAAACAUACCCAUGGAAGUGAAGCAGAAAAGGUGGAGGAAUCUUUAAAAACAGGACAAUCAGCAGAGACGGAGCACGAUCAUGAGCAUAUUGCUUUGCAUGCCUACAUUGGGGUUUCAUUGGUCCUGGGAUUUGUUUUUAUGCUGCUGGUUGACCAAAUAGGCAGUUCUCACAUGCACUCCAGUGAUGAUCCAGAAGCUGCAAGAACAGCCAACACCAAGAUCACCACCACGCUUGGGCUGGUGGUCCACGCAGCAGCGGAUGGCAUUGCAUUGGGUGCAGCAGCUUCUACAUCACAGACGAGUGUACAGUUGAUUGUAUUUGUAGCUAUUAUGUUGCACAAAGCUCCUGCUGCUUUUGGUCUGGUUUCGUUUCUUAUGCAUGCAGGCCUUGAAAGGAAUCGAAUCAGGAAACACCUUCUGGUGUUUGCUUUGGCAGCACCUCUGCUCUCCAUGGUCACUUAUUUGGGCCUGAGUAAGAGCAGUAAAGAAGCACUUUCGGAAGUCAAUGCCACUGGAAUCGCCAUGUUGUUUUCAGCAGGAACUUUCCUGUAUGUAGCCACCGUACAUGUGCUCCCAGAGGUGGGAGGCAGUGGUCACAGUCACAAGGCAGAGUCUGGUGGCAAGGGACUCAGUCGACUUGAGGUUUGCACCCUUGUCUUAGGCUGUUUGAUUCCAUUGGCCCUCUCUGUGGGUCACCAGCACUAACCAAUAGAGGAGCAAGGAGGAGUGUGGAUAAUGAUCUGACAGCAAUCCCAUUUCAGCCAAGCCUGAUUGCUGCGAGCUUUGGGAUUUCCCCUCCUUCAGUUUUACUAUGUGGAAUUCCAAAUGAAGUGGCAUUGAAAAGAUAAAGUAAAUUGUAUUAAAUUUGGCCAAGUUGCAAAUAGGAAGUCCGGAAGAAUUCCCGCAGUGUAGUCAUUUUGAAAAUGUAAUUGCGUUUUGUCUCUGCCUUCAUGACAAAGCCAGACAUCUCUUAGUUCCCAGUCCAACCAAAUGAGGGAAUGUAAGCUUAAUCAAACGGUGUCUCGGUGCAAAGGACAGAAUUCAACAAUUUAAUAAAUUAACUAAGAACUUGGGGUGUGUUAGAGAUAAUCCAUGGCACUAAUCAAGCCAAGGGAAUUAACACUGGGUUUGAUACAUGGUAUGUGAAAUAUAAUUUUUACUGAAUUUUAUUCAUAAGUGUACAGUCUUUACAUUCAGCUGCAGUCUUAGAGUUUGUAGCCUGUAGAUUUGGCGCCUGCUAGUUCAGUGUCGUUUGUGCUCUGAUCAGAUUUGAAAGGCUCCUAUACUCUGAAAUGUUUUUGUUCAAAAGUACCUUGUUAGCGUACAUGGGGAAAGAAGAAAAUAGCCUGGAUUUUGAUUUUAAAUGGUUAACCAUAUUGCACCCCAGGUGGAAGGAGGGUAAUGGUGGAAGCAUAAGAAAGAUAAAAUUUGCUUGGGAUGAAACAGAUGGUAAUAUUCAGUGCUUGGUUAAGGAUUGGGAAUUGGAUGGGAUUAAGUUUGAAGGAGAGGGUGUGAUGUCAGAUGGGCUAUAGAUAUGGAAUUUCAAUUAUGGGUUACCUUUGACCCUUCAGAACAAAGUUUAACUUGUUGGGGAAAGAUGAGAAGGGGAGCACUGGUGCGAGUAAUGCUCAUUGGAAGUUAGGGGGAAGGGCUGGGCUGGUAGAAAGAGGUCUGAUAACACCAGCAUAGAGAGCUGAACGAUCGGGAAAGGUUUUUAAUCGCUCAACGGUAGUUAAAAAUGUGAAGAGUGAAAUGUAAUUGGUAUGACUGUGCUGACUUGUUCUGAACCAUGUUCCAUUGCUUCAGUUGUUUUAUGUGAACUGAAAUCAUUCCAUGGAUGAUUGCCUUAUUUUUCCAACUCUUUGUGCACAUUAACAGAUGUUGCAAUUUUUUUUUGUUUUUAAGAUAAAUAUCUAUAAAUAAAUUUUUAAUAAGUGGCCAA